AUGAUUGCCUACUCUUCUAUCACCGUCCGCAUCACCGGAGGGAUCGCCUACGCCUACAUCGUCGGCGUGACGGCUCUGGCGCUGUUUGGUGGGGCGGGGGCGCUGGAGCAGGCGGUACAGAGCCUGCCGGAGGGCGGCGUGACGCUCCCUGCCGCCAAAUUUGCUGUGUCGUGGCCGUUCGUGUACCACUGGGUCGGUUGCGCCCGCCACAUGGUGAGUUGGUGA